AUGGCCACUACCGACACUUCAGACCCGUUGGCUGCAGCCAAGAAGCGUCGCCAGGACAUAAUCAAGGAAAUUAUUGUUGAGUGCGAGGAGCCCGUCACCGAGGAGGACAUCGAAGUCGCCCUCAAGGAGAUCGUCAUCCCCAAGGUGCUCGAGGAGUUCUGGGACAAGGGUCUCAACAACUCUGUUACUCCCCGCUACUGGCUCUGGUCUUUGGACUAUACCCUCUAUGUUCACUUUCUGACCGAGGGAUACUCUCCGGAGUUUGAUCGCAAGUGGCCCAUGGAGAUCGGCCCGGAGGGCGAGAGCGUUCCCGAGUACGAUGCCUAUGUCAAGGACAAGCUGAAGGAGUAUGAGCACAUGUGGCAGCAGCAGCCCGUGCCUCAACCUCAGUCUACUACUAACACCAACACCGUCACCGAGGGCAAAAAGGUUGAGUUGCUUAAGCAGACCCAGGGUGAGGGAAGCGGUGAAGAGGCUGCCUCUGCUGCUAGUCAGACUUAG